AGAGUUUGAUGCGACAUUAGAAUUCACGAUUUCUCUUUCGCGUUGAUCACUGAAUCAAAAGUAUUAAUAAGAGCGUAGCUCAUUUGCUACAGAUUAAUGCCUGCAUCGUUUCAGUCUUGCUGCAAAAUCUUUGGAAGCCAACUGCUAAUAAGGAUUGCGGAUUGACGGAAUAAUUCCCUCAUCUCCACUCUUUUGCUCAUAACUCAACAAAAUGGAAAGGAUUCUGGUGGAAGCUGCUCAUCUGCACUUGAUGAGUGCGCCAUCGGAUGAAGCCGACGCUCUUGGGACAUGGGCGAAAUCUUUACGUUCCAGCAUAACCGGGCUGCCGUCCCCACAUCCUGCGAAGGACGCUUUAUCGACACCGUCACCUGACCGACGCGCAUCGUAUGUGCCUUUACCCCCAACACCUGACCGGCGUUAUGACAUGUCACACGAAAGCCGCGGUGUCGCCCUAAUAAUCAACAACAAAGCAUUCAACGAGGAGCUCGAUCUCGGUUACCGUGCUGGAAGCGAUGUGGACGCCAAGACGCUGGCAGACCUCUUCAAAACCCUAAAAUUCAAAGAGGAGAACAUCCACAGUUACGAUGACCUUUCCACUGCCCACAUGCUGGCGGCGAUGCGUCAUUUUGCCGAACAGAACUACGAUAACAUGGAUUGUUUUGUGUGCGCCAUUCUGACUCAUGGCAAAGAGGGUGUGGUGUUUGGUAAAGAGGGUGUCAUCACACUGGAAGCGUUAAUGGAACCGUUCAAAAACAGUCGCAACCAGAGUCUUGUGGGAAAGCCGAAGAUCUUCUUGGUGCAAGCGUGCCGGGGAUCGCGAUUCGAUGGGGGAGUGGAAGCCAUGGAGAGUCGGAUGGAAGCCGAUGCACCGGUGAAGGUGGCGCUGGAGGCGGAUUUCCUGUACGCCUUUUCCAGCUCACCGGGAUACUUUUCAUGGAGGAAUUCAGCGCGCGGUUCCUGGUUUGUACAGGCACUGGGAAAGGUCAUCAAGGAGAAUGUGGAGCGACUACACGAGAUCGAUCUGCUGAGAAUCUUGACGAGGGUCAAUUAUGAAGUAGCCUAUGGGUUUGAAUCCAAUGUGCCGGGUGAUGCACUGAAGCACCGCAAGAAACAAAUGCCCAGCGUGGUGUCGAUGCUGACAAAAGAGCUGUAUUUUGCUUAAUUGCAAAAACACGGUACUCCACAUGCUUUAUAAUCGCUCAGAUUGAUAAUUUGCUUUACUCUAGUCUCAUGGUUUUCUUAGGUUUCUCCUAAUCAAAGUUGUAUGUGCACUUUCUGCCUUUAAUCCUUUUCCAGCAUGUCAAAGCAAAUUUUUUAUCCAACGUUGAGGAUUGGUAAGUCCACCGUUGUGAUUCAAACGACCGCACCACUAACAAAGCUGCUUGUUAUUAUUAGUAUAAUUAGUUUUGUAUCGUCCAUGACUGAAAAAGACCUGUCGAGCAAACAGCGCAAUCUGAACUCGCAGCUGCGCAACCAGAAGCCUGUUUUCGCAACCUGGAACGUUAAAAUAAAUCGGU